AUGCCACAAUACACCUCACUAUGCCACAGUACGCCUCACUAUGCCUCAUUAAGCCACAAUACGCCUCAUUACGCCACACUACGCCCCAAUACGCCUCACUAUGCCUCACUACCACACAAUACACCUCAUUACGCCACACUACGCCACAAUACACCUCACUAUGCCAAACUAUGCCUCACUACGCCACACUACGCCAAAAUACGCCUCACUAUGCCUCACUAUGCCACACUAUGCCACAAUACGCCUCACUAUGCCUCACUACGCCACAUUAUGCCACAAUACGUCUCACUAUGCCACACUACACCACAAUACACCUCACUAUGCCUCACUAUGCCUCACUACGCCACACUAUGCCACAAUACACCUCACUACGCCUCACUACGCCACACUAUGCCACAAUACGCCUCACUAUGCCUCACUAAGCGAAUAUAUGCUUCACUACGCCCCAAUACGCCUCACUACAACACACUACACCCCACUGCGCCUCACUAUGCCUCACUACCCCACAAUACACCUCAUUACGCCAUACUACGUCUCACUACGCCACAAUACGCCUCACUAUGCCACACUACACCACACUACGCUUCACUACGCUUCCCUAUGCCACAAUACACCUCAUUACGCCACAAUACGCCUCACUAUGCCUCAUUAAGCCACAAUACGCCUCACUACGCCACACUAAGCCACAAUACACCUCACUAUGCCACACUACGCCACAAUACACCACACUACGCUUCACUACGCAUCCCUAUGCCACAAUACACCUCACUAUGCCACAAUAGACCUCACUAUGCCUCACUACCCCACACUAUGCCCCAAUACGCCUCACUAUGCCUCACUAAGCCACAAUACGCUUCCUUACGUCCCAAUACGCCUCACUACACCACACUACACGCCACUGUGCCUCACUACCCCACAAUACACCUCAUUACGCCACACUACGUCUCACUACGCCACAAUACGCCUCACUAUGCCUCAUUAAGCCACAAUACGCCUCACUACGCCACACUACGCCACAAUACACCUCACUACGCCUCACUAUGCCUCACUACGCCACACUAUGCCACAAUACACCACACUACGCUUCACUACGCGUCCCUAUGCCACAAUACACCUCACUAUGCCACAAUACGCCUCACUAUGCCUCAUUAA